CACAUUUCCUGGUUGCACUAAAUAAUGAACUCCUAAUUAGCUGAUCAUCUGGCACCAGAGGAUCAGGAAGACUUUUUGAUGACCGAGGUGAAAACAUAGCAUGGAGAUCGACUUGGCAGAUGAUCCACCGAGCCCUGGUGUGUUCGAGGAGACAAGUCACACUGUGGCGGAGAUGGUGGAUGUUCCAUCGGAAACUGAUGUGGUGGAUGCUGGUGUAAAUAAGACAGAAGAAGAUGAAACUGAGAAGGCAGAUGGUGAAAGAGUAAAGGAAUCAGUAAAGGAGAAUGAUAGAACCAUCAAUGAGAGUAGUUUAGAUAACUUUAAGACAGAUGUGGAGAUUGCUGACAUUGACCCAGAAGUUGUGAAGAAACUAACCAAGGGCUUCCUGAAUGCAUUCUUACCCGAGGGAGAAAAGGCCAAGGUCACCUUGGACGAAUUGUUACAAAACCAAAAGGUGCUUAUUGAGACAGUCCAACAUGAAAGGUCAAAGUUCACUGAGUGCACUGCCUUCACGGACCUCACAGAGAUGAUGAACCAAGCCAGACAGUAUUACAACAAACUGGUGACCGUCAAAAAAGACAUGGCUGCUCUUCACGAGAAGUCAGUUAAAUUAAAGAAACGAGCGCUGCGCCUUCAGCAGGGUAAACAGAAGGAGAUGUUACAGAGAGAACAGAAACAUGAGAAAGAACUUGAAAAGGAGCGAGCGUUGAUGGCUCGUCCCAUCAAGAGGUCGAGCAGUCAACCACAGGAACGUGGAGGACUUGUAUAGAUGUUCUCUUCCUUAUGGUGUCAACCACAGGAACGUGGAGGACUUGUAUAGACGUUCUCUUCCUUAUGGUGUCAACCACAGGAACGUGGAGGACUUGUAUAGACGUUCUCUUCCCUAUGGUGUCAACCACAGGAACGUGGAGCACUUGUAUAGACGUUCUCUUCCCUAUGGUGUCAACCACAGGAACGUGGAGCACUUGUAUAGACGUUCCCUAUGGUGUCCACUGUAGGGCCGCAAUUGGUGUUGGGGGGGCCGCAAUUGGUAUGGGGGGGGCAAAGUAACUGUACUGGAUGCUUUCUGCCAUAAAUUGGGGACCAACCAUGAUUAGAAUCAACACAUUCAAGGGUACAUAGGUCAAAAAGUUCUCUCAUUUCAGGCCUGAGAAGAAGCCAGAAUGGUUAGCUCAUGUCAGUGGCUUUUUGAUUGUAGUAUAAUUCUCAAAGAUUAGGACGAGAGUUAAAUUGUAAAUAGCGUUUAGGAAACAAGUUGAUUUUUAUAUAAUAUAUUAAUAUGAAAUAAACAAAAAUUGUGCAAAGAUUA